AUGGCGGGACGGGAAGAAAGUCAAAACACAGCUCAAGUYGAAGAUGAAAAUGGACAAAAAUUCCGUGAAAUUGGCGACCAAGCUGCGUGGUCUUUGUCAUCUUGCAAGCCAGGGUUUGGRAUUGAGCAGCUGCGUGAUGGAAAUCUCGAAACAUAUUGGCAAUCGGACGGCGCCCAACCUCAUCUCGUGAACAUUCAGUUCCGCCGAAAGACCGCAAUACAAAAUAUAUCAAUGUAUGCUGAUUAUAAAGCAGACGAGAGUUACACGCCAAGUAAAAUAUCGAUACGAGCUGGUAAUAGCUUUCACGAUUUACAUCAAGUUGAAUUGAUAGAGCUYGAAGAACCUUCAGGAUGGCUGACUGUUGGUCUAAAUGAUGGMGACAAGCCUUUGAGGACAUAUAUGGUACAGAUUGCCGUACUAGCGAACCAUCAAAAUGGACGAGAUACUCACAUGCGACAAAUUAAARUACACGCGCCAUUAACUGAUAUGGGUACUUACGAUAUGCCGUCAUUUACAUCUGUUGAUUGUGCCAUGUAUAGUACAAUAAGAUAGCUUGGGAUUCCUGUGUAAUAGUGAACUACUUUUAUGGGCUUACUGUGGAAUUUUUGAGUGUUUUGUUUGCCUUUCAUCGAUGUCAUGAAGACACAGGGGCACUCUAUAUCAUUUAACAGCUUGUAAGUGCUCACACUCAUUUUAACAAAUUUAUGAUAGUUUCCUGGGGUAUAUACUCUUAUUUACCAUGGUUGACGUCAUCAAAUUUGUUAAAAUUGUUAUUCAUUCACAAGACAAAGUUGAUUGGAUAAAAACACCAUAAUGAGAUGGCAGCUUUGURAAUAAGAGGACAAACCAUGAGAAAUCCUUAAAUUUGUUUUAUUUAACAUAGAAAAGCUACUAUUUUGUUGUGUUAUUGGGCUGUCUGACUCACAUAUUUCUGUUUCUUCUCAAUGUUUCGACGCCAUUCUUGUUGUCAUCCUCAGGAUUUUGAUUGAAUCUUGGUUAUUAGUGGCUUCCAAAAAUCAAUGUCCGCAUGAAUAUUAAGUAGGGUCUUUUUGUUGUUUUGAGCCUUCACUCAAUCAUCAGAAAAGAAAGAAAAAACCCUCAAAGAAUGGUUGUGGUA